GCCAGUCCUAGAGGGCUGGAUGCUGCGAGUGCCAAGGCCAACUCCCCAGGCCAGGGGUGACCCGGCCACCCCCCACCAGUGUGUGACCAGGUCCUCAGCCACCUGCCAGCAGCUGACAAACUUGCACAAAGCUGUUGGACUUGGGACGUCCACGGGUGUUCUGUGGCGCCUGCAGCAGCCAUGUCGGACUACGAGAACGAGGAGGAGUGCUGGAGCAUGCUGGAGAGCUUCCGUGUGAAGCUCAUCUCGGCCAUUGACCCCGCGCGCAUCACGCCCUACCUGCGCCAGUGCAAGGUCCUGAACCCUGACGAUGAGGAGCAGGUGCUUAGCGACCCGAGCCUGGGCAUCCGCAAGCGCAAAGUGGGUGUCCUCCUGGACAUUCUGGAGCGUACUGGCCUCAAGGGCUACGUGGCCUUCCUGGAGAGCCUGGAGCUGUACUAUCCACAGCUGUACAAGAAGGUCACGGGCAAGGAGCCCACCCGUGUCUUCUCCAUGAUCAUUGACGCAUCGGGAGAGUCGGGGCUGACCCAGCUGCUGAUGACGGAGGUUAUGAAGCUGCAGAAGAAGGUGCAGGAGCUGACGGCGCUGCUGGGCGCCCAGGACGCGCUGGCCCAGGAGCUGCGGGUCAAAGACGGUCUGCUGCGCAAGCACCAGGAGCGCGUGCAGAGGCUCAAGCAGGAGUGCGAGGCCAGCGGCCGCGAGCUGAAGCGCUGCAAAGACGAGAACUUGGAGCUGGCCAUGCGCCUGGCACGUCUGAGUGAGGAGAAGGGGGCGGCGCUCAUGCGCACGCGAGACCUGCAGCUGGAGGUGGACGAGCUCCGACACAGCCUGCUGAAGGCGGAGGAGGACUGCUCACUGGAGCGCAAACACACCCUGCGGCUGCGGCGGGACAUGGAGCAGCGGCCCAGCCACGAGCUGCUGUGGGAGCUGCAGCAGGAGAAGGCGUUGCUGGAGGCCCGCGUGCAAGAGUUGGAGGCCUCGGCGCAGGAGGCGAAGCGGGACCAGAACAGCCCCUACGUCCAGGUGCUGGAGCAGGAUUGGAGGCAGGCGCUGCGCGACCACCAGGAGCAGGCCAACACCAUACUGGCCCUGCGCAAGGACCUCCGUCAGGGCCAGGCCCUCCGUACCCGGUGCGUGGAGGAGAAGGAGCUGUUUGAGUUGCAGUGCCAGGCCCUGCGCAAGGAUGCCAAGAUGUACAAGGAACGCAUGGAGACCGUGCUGCGGCAGCUGGAGGAGGUGGCUGAGGAACGGGACCAGGCCAUUGCCACGCGCGAGCAGCUGCACACACAGCAUGCCCGCAGUCUGCAGGAGAAGGACGCACUGCGCAAGCAGGUCCGGGAGCUGGGCGAGAGGGUGGACGAGCUGCAGCUGCGAGUGUUCCAGUGCGAGGGCCGGCUCCGGCAGCAGCGGCCCGACGCCCCCGUUCUGGAACCCCAGAGCUCAGACCUGGAGGACGACUCACCCCAGAAUUCCCAGGAGUUCACCGGGGACCCGGAGGACACCCUGUUGUCCGACAGAGGACCCUGGGCUGGACGCCCCAUAACAGCUGAGGCGUGACUACAGACCCCACAGAGGCCCUGGUGAUUCUUGGUCUGCUCUGCCGCCACCUGCCGUCCCGCCCCCCAGCCCCUGGCAGCUGCCCAGCCACAUGCUCUGCCACUCACACCGGGCAUAGAUGGACCACUCUGGGCCCUUGCUGUGCCCACUCUGGCUCCACUGGUGGCAGGUGGAGGGAGGCGAUGUUAGUGGGCUGGAACUGUGGGCCACGGGAGCUCCGGGCCUGGCAGUGCUCACCGGCCCCGAGGGUUCAGGCCCCAGACCGGGGAAGGGCAGUCGGUGGGCAGGACACACCAGGCAGGGCUCUGCUUGCAGGUGGCCUGGGGGUGACGGAGCAGCCCUCACUGACCC